UCACUACAAGACAGCACAUCUUCGUUGAUCUGCAGAAAUCUGCUUAAAAGGGUGGAUUAAUACCUACUGAUUGUUUCAUAAUAUUUAAUAAUAACAGGAAAAGCAUCUUAAUGGCAAGAAUCUUUCCUAAAAUGUACUGGUAAUGGCUAUUCCUGGUUGUCAACUUCAUUCAGAUGCUUGCCACCACUGUGAAGAAAAAUUAAUGCAUGGCUAGGAAACCCUAAGUCCCAUUCCAUUAGCCAUUUGAUUGCUAGAAAUGAUACUUUUCGUAUUUUGUUUACCUAACAGUUAGUUACAUUUUCCCUAUGUGAGGAUCUUUUUAUUCUCCCUUCUUCCAUGAAUUAACCUUCUCUAUAUGUACGGGUGCAGGGGGAAGUCCUUGUGUAAAUGACUUCGGGCUACUACUUCUGAGCUACUGCCCCGGCUGAAUUACCUUUUCAUAUCGUCUCCUAUUUUCUGUGAUUAGACUCGCUGCCUUUUUUCUUCAGUGUGUUGGAACCUUCCACUGCGUUAUUGCUGGCUACACUAAACAUGUUUUAGCGGCUGAGAAUGGCAGAAAUUAGAACCAAGGUCAUUAUGGUCUUGGGAGAGUCCUAACAGGAUAAGAGCAGGUAGGAAGGCUGAAUCCAAAUCGGGCUUGGAGACCUGUCUCCAGAAUUGUCCCAGCAGAGGUCAGGCCCAGGUCAGGGCGGGGUCAGGCCUAGGUCACAACCAACUUCCCCGCAGGCCCUAGCAUCUGGGAUGGGCACUAGGGCAGCGAGGAUCCCCUGUGGGCAUGGCGGUGCCCUACUCUGGCCCCUGCUAUUACUGCUGUCCCUGAGCCCUAAGGCUGGUCCUGUCCUAAAGUCUAGCAUCCCCAGUCCCUCAAAGGUUCCUGAGAUAGCACCAGGAAGACCGCAGCCACAGCAAGGAUGGGAACCGUCGGCCAGCCGGAACCAAGAUCCUGUGACCAGACCAGUGUGUGGGAAGCCGAAGAUGGUUGGGAAAGUGUUCGGCGGCCAGGACACGUUGGCGGGCCAGUGGCCAUGGCAGGCCAGCCUGCUGUACCGGGGCUUGCACCUCUGUGGAGCUGUCCUCAUCGACUCCCACUGGCUGGUUUCCACAGCCCACUGUUUUCGAAACAAAUCCCAGGCCCCAGAGGACUAUGAGGUACUGUUGGGUAAUAAUCAAUUGUACCAGAAAACAAAGCACACUCAGAAGAUCCCUGUGAACCAUAUCAUCAAUCAUCCAGACUUUGAGAAGUUUCAUUCUUUUGGGAGUGACAUUGCAAUGCUGCAGCUGCGUUUGCCCGUAAACUUCACAUCCUAUGUUGUACCUGCCUGUCUCCCAUCCAAAGACACACAGCUCUCCAAUCACACAUCCUGUUGGAUAACUGGUUGGGGAAUGCUUUCUGAAGACAGUAAGGGAAAGAGAAGUUGGAGAGGGAGUAAGGGUAGGGAGAAGAGGAAGAUAAGAGCAAAACUGUUACCACCAUUCUCACUCCAGGAGGGCGAGGUGGGCAUCAUUGAGAAUGAGUUCUGUAAUGCCUUAUAUGGGCAAAGACUAGGCCAAAGCAGGAACUAUGUGCAUGAGGAAAUGCUGUGUGCAGGGGGGCUCUCCACAGGAAAGUCCAUCUGCCGGGGUGAUUCUGGGGGCCCCCUCGUCUGCUACCACAUCAGUGCUUGGGUCCUGGUAGGACUGGCCAGCUGGGGCCUGGACUGCCGGCCUUCUAUUUACCCCAGCGUCUUCACCAGGGUCACCUACUUCACUGACUGGAUCAGCCAAGUUGAGAGACUCACUCCACUUCCAGUACCUGAAUCUGUGUCUCUUCACACAGAACUUCUACCCAGACCUCUGAAGGCUGCUGGCUCCCCACAACCCUGCAGCAUCCUUGUGGCUGCACAAAUCUGGUUCCUGCUGUUAUUUAUCCCCGAAGCUCCACAGUGGGCCCCAGGGUGAGCAACCAGGCCUUUAGGCGUUUUUCACUCAGGGUUUACUUUCUAGAUACAGCCCCCACUCCUUAGUUUACCAUCUGCAUCUUUUCCUCAGCAUAUCUGGCCAUUCAUUGUUACUAUCCCAAACAGCCUAGAAAAAAAAAACUACCAAUAAAGCUUCAUCUUUCUUCA